AUGCUGCCCCCAUUCGACUAUUUCACCUACCGCCGUAUACGCAAUCAAAAACAAGCGGAACGCGCUGCCCGGUUUACCUCGUUACCAUACCCUUACCACCUUCACAUCACCGAGACCGACCAGGAUAUCAUCGACCAACCAAUCGAGGACUUGGUACGCGAUGUCCAAGCCGACACCACCUCUCCGCUGAACGUCCUGCGCACAUAUGGCAAAGUUGCGGUGAGAGCACAGAAGCGCACCAACUGCAUCACAGAGCUACUUCUUCCCGAGGCAGAGUCAUGGCUCAAGUCCGAUAUCAACUUAAAGGGACCCCUAGCGGGAAUUCCCGUCUCUCUCAAGGAUUCAAUCCAGGUCAAGGGCUUCGAUACAAGCGUCGGCUACGCGGCAUUCGCCAAUAAGCCAGCCCAAGAGGAUGGUCCCAUGGCGCGACUACUCAAGGAUGCCGGAGCUGUGCCCUAUGCAAAGACCGCGUUGCCGAUUACCUUGCUAUCUUUUGAGUCAGCCAAUGGCCUUUGGGGCACCUGCUUGAACCCUCAUGUCCCAGGUUACUCCCCCGGUGGCUCGACUGGCGGAGAAGGCGCCCUUCUGGCGCUGGGUGGUCGUAUCGGCAUUGGCUCUGAUGUUGCUGGAUCGGUCCGUGUCCCUGCUGCAUGGAGUGGGAUCUACUCGCUGCGCUGCAGUACUGGUCGCUGGCCCAAGGCUGGUGUCAGCACCAGCAUGCCGGGCCAAGAAGGUAUUCCCAGUGUCUUCAGCCCAAUGGCUCGCACCCUGAAUGACCUCACCUACUUCACCCGCGCGAUCAUCAACAUGCAGCCUUGGAAGUACGAUCAUUCUGUGCACCCCAUUUCGUGGCGUGGAGAUCUCGAGACCGAAGCUCAGAGCAAGCCCCUCCGCAUUGGUCUGAUGAGCAACGAUGGUGUCGUACCUCCAACUCCUGCAAUCGAACGCGCCGUUGCAACGACCGUCGCAGCUCUAACUGAAGCCGGCCACACCGUCUCAGAAAUCACCACCCCAUCCAACGCAGACCCAUUCACCGGCCUAAACCUGGCAUCACAACUCCUCAAUUCCGACGGCUGCCACCACUUCGAAUCCAACCUACACACCUUCGAGCCAUCAGACCCAGGCGCAAACCAACUCCGCCGAGUCGCCCACCUCCCCCGACCCGUACGUUAUCUCUACUACCUGUACGUGCGCUACAUCAAGCGCGACAAAGCCCUCGCAACCCUAAUCCGCAACUUUGGCCCGAAAACCGCCGCCCAAUUAUGGACACUAACCGCCGCCCGCGAGUCAUUCCGCGCAACCUGGCACCAAUGGUGGGAUGCUGAAGCCCAGCAAUAUGACUUUAUUCUGUGCCCGGUCAACGCGACACCCGCACUACCGCACAAAGCCAUGCACGACGCCGUCUCCUCGUGCGGCUACACGUUUUUGUGGAACCUGCUUGAUUACUCCGCCGGUGUGAUACCGGUCGGCCAUGUGGAUGCUGUGCGUGACGCUCUUGUCACCCCUUACAAGACGGUGCUUAAGCGACUGGGUGCGGAUAAUGCUAUUGCCCGUGGGGCGUGGAAGCAUUAUGAUUCUGGAAAGAUGGCGGGUUUGCCUACGGCUGUGCAGAUUGUUGGGAGGAGAUGGCAGGAGGAGCAGGUUUUGGGGUAUAUGGCUGCGGUGGAGAAGGCUUUGGAGGUUUAUAUUGAUCCAGCGACUGGGGGGAGUGCGAAGUAUUCUCUGCUGGAGAUUGAUUAG